GGCGCGGGAUCUCUCGGCGGCUCGCGGGCCUAGAGUGGCGCGCAGGCGCGUUCCGGCGCGGGGUCUGGCCGGUCGGUGCGGACAUGGCGGGGGUCGGAGCUGUUUCGCGGUUUCUGCACGCGCGGCGGCUAGCUCUGUCCCGGGCGGCACUACUGUCAUCUGUGUCUCACCAAUGGCCAGCAGCCUUCCAAACACCGGCCCGUGGCUUUCACUUCACUGUUGAUGGGAAUAAGAGGGCGUCUGCUAAAGUUUCAGAUUCAAUUUCAACUCAGUACCCAGUAGUGGACCAUGAAUUUGAUGCAGUUGUGGUAGGUGCUGGAGGGGCAGGCUUGAGAGCUGCAUUUGGCCUUUCUGAGGCAGGAUUUAAUACUGCGUGCAUAACGAAGCUCUUUCCUACCCGGUCACACACUGUUGCAGCACAGGGAGGAAUCAAUGCUGCACUGGGCAACAUGGAAGAAGACAACUGGAGGUGGCACUUCUAUGACACCGUGAAGGGCUCUGACUGGCUGGGGGACCAGGACGCUAUCCACUACAUGACAGAGCAGGCCCCUGCCUCUGUAAUUGAGCUAGAAAAUUAUGGCAUGCCGUUUAGCAGAACCGAAGAUGGGAGAAUUUACCAGCGCGCAUUUGGUGGGCAGAGCCUCAAGUUUGGGAAAGGCGGGCAGGCUCACCGGUGCUGCUGUGUGGCUGAUCGGACUGGGCACUCACUCCUGCACACCUUGUAUGGCAGGUCUUUGCGAUAUGACACCAGCUAUUUUGUAGAGUAUUUUGCCCUGGAUCUCUUGAUGGAAAACGGAGAGUGCCGUGGUGUGAUUGCACUGUGCAUAGAAGAUGGGUCCAUACAUCGCAUAAGAGCGAAGAACACUGUUGUUGCGACUGGAGGCUAUGGGCGGACCUACUUCAGCUGCACCUCUGCCCACACCAGCACUGGAGAUGGCACAGCCAUGGUGACGAGGGCUGGCCUCCCCUGCCAGGACUUGGAGUUCGUGCAGUUUCACCCCACAGGCAUAUAUGGUGCUGGCUGUCUCAUCACAGAGGGAUGCCGUGGAGAAGGAGGCAUUCUCAUUAACAGUGAGGGCGAGAGGUUUAUGGAGAGAUAUGCACCCGUUGCAAAGGAUCUAGCAUCUCGAGACGUCGUGUCUCGGUCCAUGACUCUGGAGAUCCGUGAGGGAAGAGGCUGCGGCCCUGAGAAAGAUCAUGUCUACCUGCAACUGCACCAUCUGCCCCCCGAGCAGCUGGCCACGCGCUUGCCUGGCAUCUCAGAGACGGCCAUGAUCUUUGCUGGUGUGGAUGUCACCAAGGAGCCGAUCCCAGUUCUCCCCACUGUCCAUUACAAUAUGGGUGGGAUUCCCACCAACUACAAGGGGCAGGUGCUGAAGCAUGUGAAUGGCCAGGACCAGGUUGUGCCUGGCCUCUAUGCCUGCGGGGAGGCCGCCUGUGCCUCAGUGCAUGGUGCCAACAGGCUCGGGGCAAACUCCCUUCUGGACCUGGUCGUCUUUGGACGGGCCUGUGCCCUGAGCAUCGCAGAGUCGUGCAGACCAGGAGAUAAAGUUCCUUCAAUUAAACCAAAUGCUGGGGAGGAGUCUGUCAUGAAUCUUGACAAGUUAAGAUUUGCUGAUGGAGGCAUAAGGACAUCAGAACUGCGCCUCAACAUGCAGAAGACCAUGCAGAAUCAUGCUGCGGUGUUCCGUGUGGGAAGCGUGCUGCAAGAAGGCUGUGAGAAAAUCAGCCAGCUCUAUGGAGACCUGAAGAAUCUGAAGACAUUCGACAGGGGAAUGGUCUGGAACACAGACCUGGUGGAGACCCUGGAGCUGCAGAAUCUGAUGCUGUGUGCGCUGCAGACCAUCUAUGGAGCAGAAGCGCGGAAGGAAUCACGAGGUGCCCAUGCCAGGGAAGAUUACAAGGUGCGGAUUGAUGAAUAUGAUUACUCGAAGCCCAUCCAGGGGCAGCAGAAGAGGCCAUUUGGGGAGCACUGGAGGAAGCAUACCCUCUCCUAUGUGGAUGUCAAGACUGGGAAGGUCACCCUGGAGUACAGGCCCGUCAUUGACAAGACUUUAAAUGAGACUGACUGUGCCACAGUUCCCCCCGCCAUUCGCUCCUACUGAUGAGACCCAGCAGUUGCAAAAUCAGCUUCUGUAAUUUUGUAUCAUAGCUUGUAUAAGUGUACCUAUUUUACCUGCCUCAGUGAGCUCCCUACUCUCAUGAACAGCCAACUCGCUUCCAAGAUUACAGACCCAGUGGCCAGUGGCUUGCCCUACUCAGGUGAGGGACAGCCAGGUCUGCCUUCGUCCCUUGCUUUAUUCUGUGAAGUGUAAUAGUAGGCACAGUUCCUAAAUAAAACACAAACAACAGCC